GCGACGGUGUAACUGAUCACAGACAGUCCUGUCUUAAUCAUAACCCUCCCUAUAGGGAUAUGUAUCAUCAGUUUUUCGAGUCACACCGCCGCAACAGCCAUGUUACAGCAUGCAUGACACAUCAUACAGUAUGGUCUCGUCUUAAAGACAUCAGUCACAGCGGUCAUUUUUGUCAGAAAGAUAUUAUAUUCCAUCUUAACUACGCGUUCGAACAUCACCCCGACAACUGUACAUGUAAAGAGGACACACAUCGCACCCAAAGUCACUCAAGUCAUGGCGACCAUGACUGUCAUCACUAUGACAGCUUUAACAAACUGUGGCAACUGGGAGAAACGGAUGGAUGUUUGAGUGCGAAUUCGGUAUGGCACUAUCUGGAUGAUAUUCAGGUCAAAGAUCCAGUAUGCCGACAGAAAAUUCAACAUCACUUGGCAGGCAAGUAUAAACAUGCGACUUCACAGGAUGACGACAAUUGUAUUUGUAACGAGCGCAGGCAGCUUGUGAAUCAUCAAAUCCACAAAAUGAGUAAUGGUAGCCUUAUACCCUGUCUCAAUGCCAAUGGCACAUACCCAGUCAUUGAAGCUGACCUGUUUUCAAACAUUAGCGCCAGUGGAUGCCAGAACCACAAUUACUUAUGGACAAAACUAGAAGGUGUGCACAACCACUGUAAGUGGACAAUCAAUCACCACUGCAGCAAAGAAACCGACUGUACAGAGGACAUCAUCGUAAGGGCCGCAAUUCAGUAUCCGACCGAUGAAUCUGACAGUUGUAUUUGCACUAAAGCCUCUUCGUCAACUGUGUUUACGACAUCUUCGUCAAAGCAUCCCACACCAGUAGUUCCAUCCUCAAGUGAAGCUCCAAUGCCUACAUUAACUGCACCUUCAACAACAUCUGCAAAUCAGCAUGUAACAGUUUCGUCCGCAAAAGUAACGCAGUCGUCAACUGCUAUGCCUACACCACAGACAUCUCCAACAAUUAGAUUUGCAUGUAACAAAGUAGCAGUUGUUGAGAAGAUUGCAAAGUCCUUGAUAGCGACGCAUCCAAAUUCGAGCGCUUGUAAAUCAAACGUUACAGGCGGCUCUGACGACGCGUAUGUUCUGGCUACAUGCAACGUGAUGUCACCGAUAACAUGGGGAAAAGGAGCCAAUGUGAUGGCUGACUGCGAGUCUAGCAUACAAUCAGUACCAACAUACACACCGAUAUCAACAUUUUACGGUGACAUCUACAAUCCUCUUGUUGAUCAGCCCGGCAUAUUCCUGGGAUGUUUUAACAACGGUAUUAAGAUUGCCAUCCAAAAAUGUAAUGCUGUUCCGGAAAUCGUCCAUAUUGAGAAUGGAACUUUUGUCAGUAACCCAAAGAAUUAUUAUUUGAUUGUUUAAAUCCGAAUGUUACUAAUUUGUAAUUGUUCAUUUUUGCAACAGUGUAUAUUUAUGACGUGUUUGUUUUAAUGUCCACCACUUCAUUUUUUUUGUUUUAAUGCCCACCACUUCAUUAUAGUUGAUCUAUCUAGUUUUUUUGGGGAUCUAAGUAAGUAAGUGAAGUUGUAAGAAGCGUUUUACUUUACAUAGACGUAGUUGAAACUGAAGAACGCCUUUUCUACAUUGAAAAGACCCUUUGUGUCCAGUGUCUCCUUGCCAUACGGCUUGACACGGGUUGAACGCAUUCUAGACUUGAUCAUGGCGGAAAUGCGAUUUUUCCCCCAAAAUAUGAACACUGAAUAAACGCCAGUAAAGACCUUCUAGGGAUUCAAAAGUACCUGAGCUAGUAUAUCAACGUUUCAGUUUAAUAGAUAACACCAAUCUGACACUAAUUUUACCCCCUCUCCCGCC